GUUAAUUGGUUUGUGAUCACUAGUUAUGUCUUUCUGUAAAGUGUAUGUUUGUUUAGAUUUGUGAAAAAGGAAAUCAUUACCGACUUCCUCAUUCUGCUUUAUUUAAAGGCAGUUUGUUCACCUAGUGACAGCUUUUGAAAGAAGUUCCUUGUACUUGAAGGUAGUUCUGCACCACCAAGAUGAUAAAAGUCAUUUUGUUCCUGCUCCUUGUUGUGUUGAUUCCUGCAAAUUAUGCAAAUGCUCAGGCAUGUUGCAGUAUUGAUCGCGCUAUUGACGCGAAGAUCAAGGCCGCUGUUGAUUCCAAAGUGUCUGCAACUCUAGCAAAGAGCCAGCUGACAUGUACCACCAUUAAAACCAGUGGAGCUCUUGCUGCCUGCCUUCAUGGUUACACAGUCACUGGAUGUUCCUGUGGAAAGGCCUGUGGUUCUUGGGACGUCCGUGAUAACUCCACGUGUCACUGCCAAUGUGCCAACGUUGACUGGACUGCUGCUCGGUGCUGUAAAAUAGUUCGCUGAUGGCUUUCCUUCUAAUGGCUAGUCUACAUCUUUUUCCAUAAACUACAUCUAAAAAGUUUUAAAUCUUCAGUGCUUUUGAAUUGUUAUUAUUAUUAUAUUGUAUGACACAGCAAAUAAGAUAGAUAUGCUGGAUUUCGUAUCACAAAAUCACAAGUCGAACACUUCCCAAGUGUCUAGGACUGUGUGAUGUAUUUUCGGAUGAUGUGCGCAGAUCCCAGUAGGGUGGCCUUUUGCAGUUGGCAGAUCGUAAUUUUGUCAAUGUCUAUUGUUUCCAAAUGCCGGCUGAGAUCUUUUGGCACGGCACCCAGUGUGCCCAUCACCACCGGGACCACCUGCACUGGUUUCUGCCAGUCUUUGAAGUUCAAUUUGAGGUCCUGAUAGCGGCUGAGUUUUUCCUGUUAUUUUUCGUCAAUGCAACUGUCACCUGGGAUGGCGACAUUAUUAUUAUUAUUUCUUGUGUGUGUCUUCCCAUGGAAUGAGUUGGGGAACAACAUUAAAAUACAACAUAUACAGUUAGUUAAAACAUACUAAUUUCAAGCAGCAGCAGCAGAUAUUUAAAGAUACAAAGUUGGGACUAGUAGCUGCUGAACUGCGGUAGUCAUUACUACCACGCCAAAAUGAUGGUAGGCUUUGGCUCUAUUGUAUUAAUACAUGUCACUUUAAUAAUAACAGCAUCCAUUUUCCAUUCUCGGACAUAAGGUGGCUUACAAACAUUAAAAGAGAUACAACCAAAAUGUUGAAGUGUACAAAAGUUAAACAUAUAAUAAAAACCUCAAUAAAAUUAA